GUCGAAACAAAAGAAGUUGAACUGGUUGUCAAAACUAAAGAAGUUGAACCAGUUGUCGAAACUAAGGAAGUUGAACCAGUUACUUAUGUUGAUGAUGUAAAUUCGGCUGUUGAUUCUGACGAAUUUCAAUCGAUUAUUGAUAAUGAUGAUGUGAUUUCCAAUACUGAUUCUGAUGAAUUUAAAUCUACUAUUGAACCUGAAGAUGUUAGAUCAAGCACUGCAUCUGAGGAUUUUAAAUCAAUUAUUGACACUGACGAUUUUCAAUCAAUUAUUGAUACUGAUGAAUUCAAUCCAAAUAUGAAUUUUGAACAAGUUGGUGAAACUUCAGUUGCAAAAAAUCAAGAAAGUCCUGAGCAGGUGCAGACUGGAAGUAGUCAGUUUGAAAGUGAAAUCAGAUCUAUUUCUAAAGUUUCGAAUGAUGUGAGUGAAGAAAGCACUAUUAAAAGCAUUUCUGUACCUUUAUCAGCAUCUAAUGCUGAGAUCGAAACCAAACUGGAUACUGAGAACGAAGCUAAAUUGGGUUCUGAAAAGGCAAAGGUUGAAAAUGAUUUUGACAACAGUGAUUUCAAUUCUUUUAGGUUUGGACUGGCACCAGAUAUUAAAGUCCUUCAAAAGUCCGAGGAAACUUCGACAGAGGGUCCCAAAACCAAAAAUCGCUUUAGAAAUUUAGUUAUAUUUGAUUUUGAUCACUCUAUUGAUGAAAUUGAACACAGUUUGGAUGCUGAUUCUAUAAAUGAUUCUCAUAAAGAUGGAAAAACUUCCCAAAAUAAGUGGUUUACAGCGUCUUCCGGCUAUGAAAACGAAACUGAAGAACCAUUAAGUCGUUCCCUUGUUUUAGAAUCACCAAUUGGAAAUUUAAAGGUUGAUGAAGGUGAGGGUUCAUCGAAUAGUAAGGAAAAAUCUAGGCUCAUUGAUCUAAAAACGUUAUUAUCACAUAAACGUGCCUGGUCAGUUGAUACUGGAUUGUCUUUACAAAACACUACAAGUACAAGCACUACUACAACACCAGUAUAUUCUAUUACAGGGAGUCAGAGCAUUACUAACUUGAGUUCUAUGUUGCCAUUUACACCACUAAGAGCCACAACAUCAUCCAGUGUUAGUCCUGCAAGUGCUACAAUUAGUUCAGCCAAUGCUACGUUUUCAAGCAAUACAGCAAAUGUUCCCAACAUCAUAAGAAGAAAUUCGCUUAUUGCUGUCAGGUCGAACAAAGGAUUAUUCAGCUUUUUAAGCCGAAGAUUCAAGAGCGAUAAAAGCUCAGAUAACAAAAAAAAAUAA